AUGGCGUCCAACUCACUACCACACUCUCUCUCCCCUGCUUCCCUCUCCACUCUGAAAACAUCCCUCUCUGCUUCCAAUACCAAUUCCACAACCCUUGCGUUUGCAUCCCCACGGCUCCAGCUCCAAACCCUAAAUCUAUCUCGAAAUCUCAAACCCUUCCCUUCCCACUUUACCGCUUCAGCCGCCGCCCACGAGCGGCGGUCGCUUAAGUCCCGCCUCAAAAACGGCGAGACCCUCUACGGCAUCUUCCUUCUCAGCUUCUCCCCGACCAUAGCCGAGAUCGCGGGCCUCGCCGGGUACGACUUCGCCGUGGUCGACAUGGAGCACGGCCACGGUGGGAUCCGCGAUGCCCUCCCCUGCCUCCAGGCCCUGGCGGCUGCGGGAGCCGCUGCCGUGAUCCGCCUCCCCGAGUCCUCCGCCGCCUGGGCCAAGAAGGCCCUGGAUCUGGGCCCGCAGGGGAUCAUGUUCCCCAUGAUAGAAAGCCCGAAGUCGGCCCGGAAGGCGGUGUCGUUUUGCCAUUUCCCGCCCAAGGGUGUACGCGGGUCGGCCCACACACUGGUCCGGGCGUCAGGGUACGGGCUGGACGAGGGGUACCUGAGCAGGUACGAGGAGGAGCUGGUGGUGAUGUGCCAGGUAGAGUCAGAGGAGGGGGUGCGCAAGGCAGAGGAGAUCUCGAAAGUGGAGGGCGUGGACUGCGUGCAAAUGGGUCCGUUGGAUCUGAGUGCGAGCAUGGGGUACCUGUGGGACCCAGGACACAAGAAGGUUAGGGAGGCCUUGCGGGGAGCGGAGAAGGCUGUUCUCAAGGGGGGAGCAUACCUUUCGGGGUUUGUGAUGCCACACGAUGGGGCAAGGGAGCUGACGCGGAGGGGGUACCAUAUGGUGGCGGGGGCCGCUGAUGUGGGGCUAUUCAGAAGUGCGGCAGUGGAGGACAUCAGGAUGUUCAGAGCCAGUAUGGAGAAGGAGAAGGAGAAUGAUGAGAUCUUUCCUGCUGAGGAGGAGAAAUACUGGAGUGAGUAA